AUGACGAAGCUUGCGACCCUCGCAGCAAUCUUUGCGGCCUUCCUACUGAUGUCCCAUGCCGUUGCGGCCCACUGGACCACGAUAACCAGCGUCGAGAUCGACGAGGAAGGACCGAGGAGUGGCCAGAGCUGCCACGAGCAGCUCCAGCGGCAAGAUCUCGACCACUGCGAGCAUCUAUUCGAGGACAUCGCCCACGGUGGCGGAGGGGGCGGCGAGAGGGAGCGGACGGAGCUGUCGGAGAACCUGUGGCCAUGCUGCGAGCAGCUCAGGCAGGUGCACGAGGGGUGCCGGUGCGAGGGGAUAAGGCACAUCGUGAGAGAGCAACAGGGCGAGUUCAGCGGCGAGGGGAGCCACGAGGUGGCAAGGUCAGCUCGGCACUUGCCUUCGACUUGCGGGUUCGGUCCUCAGCACUGCGAGAUCAGAGCCGCUUGGUACGGAGCCGUUUCGGUUUAG